GGUCCAGGUACUAAUAAGAAAAAUCUGAAAAUAUUUUUGGUCGGGAAUGAUGGAAAGGAAAUUUCUCUCUCUCUCUCUCUCUCCCUCCGGACGCCGCACUGAAGAUUGUUAGGUUUCCGACCAAAAUUGCAGGUUCGCUGCAAAAAUGAAUCCACUUGAACAAUUUAAGGACAGCAAUUCUCAUAUUCGGCCCCAAGAGCAUACCGCUAGCCCUCAGGCUAAAGAUGGAUGGAAGAAAAUGGGAUGUGAAGAAAAGAAGGCAGCAGUUCAUGAAGAAAUGAAGAGAAUGAACAAACUUCCUGCAAACAGCACAUAUGCAACUCAUCGUUUGCGGGUUCUCAACAAAAUCCUGCAACUUUUGUCCAUUCAGGUCAUGGAUGUGUCAUACCAAAGUAGUCUGGCCAAAAGCUUGCAUAAAAAUGGGAGAAUGCUCACAUCUCUAGCAUGCUUAGAUGUAAUGCUUGUGAAUACACCGUGUAGCUUACUCCAAGACAUACUCUGCCCCAACAUUCAACCAACAUUUGGCUAAUGUUUCUUUCAAUCGCAUCAAAGCGAGUCACUGCCUCAUUGGAUAGAACACUCAACCAUAACCACUCAGAGCACUCACAAAGACAUUUCUUUGUUCUGGAAAGAUUUGAGACUGGGAGAUGGUUCUUCUUUAUUCAAUCCAUUGUCGUGAGUUUCCUCUUCCUUUUUCCCAUUCUUCCUUUUCCUCUUCUUCUUCAUUGCUAGAGUGAAAAUUUCUCUUCACAGAAACUUUUCUUUGUUCUGGUAUAAUCAGAUAGUUUGUUUCUCUUAUGUUUUUCCCCUUGUGUUCAAUCUAAAAAAAUUAGGUCCUCAAGUUACUUCAAAUUGCUGAACCAGUUGAAACUGGUAAUUUCUAGGGCAUGGACUGGGCUUAUACUUUAUAGGGCAUACCUUCAUUUUUCUUGUAGUUCAAGAUUUUAAUAUCUCUUUUGUUGUUGUAGGGAACAAGGUUGAAUAUGUAGGCAUUUCUUUAUUCUGUUUGAUUUUCCAAUGCAUUUAUACAAAUUUUUUUGUGCAAUUAAAAAGCAAGUGAAGAAUCAGAUCGUGUUGUUCUUUCAAAGUGAUGUAAUUUACUUGGGAGCUUUUAGUUUUCAAAUGAGGUACUAUUUUUUCUAUAUGCCUUCUUUUUUGUUUGUGAGAUGGAAAUGGAAUGUACAAGUAAUCUUACAUGGACUUAGGUAUGAGUAUUGAGUACGGGUAAGUGUUAAAGCUUUAUUUCUUCUUAAAGUUAAACAUUAAAAUAUUUGGAUAUGUAGAACAUAUCCUGUACAUAUCCUGAACACUUGUAUAUAUAUUCUUAGAUAUUAUGAUGUAAAUUUUUUAGAAAUAUACUUUAAAUUAAAUAGAAAUUUAAGAAAAAUAUGAACUUUCUAUUUUCCAUCCAUGUCAUGUGAGAGGUAAGAAAUAUUUUUUUGUUAGCAACUGUGAGCUUCUUCUUCUUCUUCUUCUUCAAACAUUAUAUGAAUUAAAGGUACUAACUAUCUAAAUGAGGUAUUGAUGUCUGAAGCAUAUCCUAUAUCUUUAUCCUUGUUAUAUUGGGUAGACAUGGAUUAUUGUGGUGGAAAUAGAAGAGUCCAUUUAAGCACAAGUUAUUUAUGCUUAUUUUUUGUGUAUAAGGUCAUUGAGAUGGAAUGGUAUACAUGUUAUGUUACUUGAGUAUUUUAUUUUUUAUUUUUUGGUUUUAUGGUUUAUGAUCAUUGGGAUGAAAUAGAUGCAUUGUUUAUGUAUUUCCUUUUUUUUUUUUUUUUGAGGAAAACCUUAAGCAGAUAUAUAUUAAGAGUGUACAAAUACAUAAUCAGAAUUAGACAACCUGUGUAACCACAGCUAUGUAAGGGUGUUAUAAUUUAUUCGGUGGUAUAUUGUGUCCAAAAAUAGAUUGAGAUAGUUUGGUUAUAUAUAACAACAGAGACAAUAGUGAAGAGAUGCAAUAUAUAGUGACGGUAGAUGGUAGUGUUAGGGGUAGGGGUAGGGGUAGACCUAGAUUGACAUAGACUAGUGUAGUAAAUAGAGAUAUGAUUCUCCUUAAUUUGACUAAUGAAAUGGCCUUUAGAUAAAGUCGAGUGGAGAAGAAAAAUUCUUGCAGUCGAUCCUAUUUAAUGAGACUUAAGGUUUUGUUUGGUUUGGUUAUUGUGUCUAAAAUAGAUUUGUUGCAUAUAAUCAAUUUUGGUGCACUUGUUGCGAAGGUGGUUAGUGAAAAUCUCUCUCUCUCUCUCUCUCUCUCCUCUUCGUUUUGAGUAGGUUUAACUGACAAAGGGACUGACUUGCUUGAUAUUUUUUUAGCUUUAUUUAUGAGAUUCUCUUGUGAACUAGCUUUCCAGGAAAGUGUCAUAUGUUCAUAUCUAUCUCUCCCUCUUUCCUACUUGAUAUUUUCUCUAGCUUUACUUGUGUUUCCAAGAAAGUGUAGUUUUUGGUUAGGAAGAAAGUGACACACUGUAACGGCCCUCACUCUACUCUAGUCAUGCUUGCAUAUAUUACAUGAUCUUGUCUUGAUAUGUUGCAUUUUGCAAACCUUAUUUUGAUUUGCUUAAGAGUUUCUUGCAUGUUUUGUACCCUGCUUGGUGUGAGUUUGGCCGAGGUCAUCUUUAGUCUAGAACUUCCCUGGAACCAUUUUGUUUGACCUCCACCUUCGCCCUGACAUAUUGGCCGAGAUGUCAUUAUCUAGGCCGAGGUGUUCGUCACUAAGGCCGAAAUGUGUAUUAUCUGGACCGAGAUGUCACCUUUGCACCUAAGUGAUCUUGUCCUGGAGUGGUAUGACCUAGACCAAGGUGUGGCACAUCUAGGCUUAGGUGUGGCACAGCUUAGUCAAGUGUUGUCCUUCCUAGACAAGAUCAUUGUUCCCUUGCUUGCCGAUGUCUUGUUCUUAGCCGAGAUCAUUACCCGUCGGAGUGCCCAUGCCAUUUUGCUUGUAGAACACACUUUGUCAUAGUCUUGUCUCUUCGCUCAGUCACUUUUUAAGUAGAACCAAUCAGCUACUGCCAUGUGUCCCAACUGAGUGUUAAGUCAGCCAGCAGACCUAGAAACGUAUCAUUUUGCUAUAUGUCUUUGUUUGUGAGGAGGGAGAAGCUCUAGAAGAAGAAGAAGUCUUAAAG